AUGUACCCAGUGUCUUUACCUACACUCAAUGUGCUGCAAGAACCUUCAAACUUUCCCGUGUCCCUUGUGAGUAAUUAUCAAAAUUUCAAUGGAUUAACUAGAAACCUUAUUGUACAGUCUCAGACUAUUGGGGUGGCUUACAAGAAAUUAAUACAAGCAUGUCAACAACAAACCACACAAAACAUACAACCACAAUUUGAAUCUAGGUUUACUAGUAAUAAUCUAAACUUUGGUGGUCUUCCUGGAGACCUUGCUGUACAGUCUCAACCAAUUUUAUGCAAUCGAAUUUUACAAGCAUCUUAUGUACAACUUAUACUAAGUAUAAAACCACACCUCAAAUCUAGUAUUACUAGUAUUUAUCAAAAUUUCAAUGGUCUUCCUGGAGACCUUGCUGAGUCUUGA